AUCUGGGCUGCAGAUGAAUCCAGAAGCUUUGGAGAUUCUGUCCAGGAUCGAACAGCCGUAGUGGUGAUUGCCAUUGUGGGAUUGUAUCGUACAGGCAAAUCUUACCUCAUGAACAAGCUGGCAGGGCAGAGAAGUGGGUUCUCCCUGGGGUCAACCAUACAGUCACAUACUAAGGGUAUCUGGGUGUGGUGUGUGCCUCACCCAAUGAAAGCAGACCACACACUGGUGCUACUGGACACAGAAGGACUUGGUGAUGUGGAGAAGGGGGAUACAAAAAAUGACUGCUGGAUCUUUGCUCUUGCUAUCCUGCUUGGCAGCUCUUUUGUUUAUAACAGCCGGGGCACCAUAGACAACCAAGCCCUGGAAAACCUUCAGUAUGUGACUGAGUUGACAGAUCUGAUCAAGGUAAAAUCUCAGGCUGAUAACGAGGAGGAAGAUGACCUUCACUAUGUCCGAUUCUUUCCCAACUUUGUUUGGGCAGUGCGUGACUUCACUCUGGAGCUGAAAAUUGAAGGCAAAGAUGUUACACAGGACGAGUACUUGGAGAAUGCUCUAUCGCUCAAAAAAGGCAUAGGAAAAAAGGUGUCUGACUACAACCUUCCACGACAAUGCAUCCGAAACUUCUUCCCAACCCGUAAGUGCUUUGUCUUCGUUCCGCCAACUGCUCCAGAGAAGAUGAAGAAUAUGGAGUUCCUCCCUGAGACAGAACUCUGCCCAUCCUUUGUGCAGGCCACCAGAGACUUCUGCAAGUAUGUCUUUCAGCAAUCUGAUGUGAAGAAACUCAAGGGUGGUCACAAAGUCACUGGGAGAAUGCUGGGCAGCCUGGCUACCACCUAUGUUGAAACUAUCCGAAGUGGUGACGUUCCGUGCCUUGAGAAUGCUGUGAUUGCCAUGGCGCAGAUUGAGAAUGAGUCUGCCACAAGGGAAGGGCUCACGGCCUACCAAGAAGGCAUGAAGCAGUCCCUCAAUUUUCCAGAGACGCAAGAGGAGCUCUCUCAGAAACAUGCACACUGGGAGAAGCAGGCACUGGAGAUUUUCAUGAAAAGAUCUUUCAAGGAUGAGAACCAUGAGCAUCAGAAUAACUUGGCGGAGCAAAUAAUGCGCCACUAUGUUAGCAUUGUGGAAAUGAAUGAAACCUCAUCAAUACAGAUAUGCAGAAAACUACUGGAGGAUGAAUCUGCUUUUAUGGUCCAGAAGCUGCAGGCCGGGUUGUACGCCUCAGUUGGUGGCUAUGAAAUAUACUGUGAAGACCGCAACAUUGUGGUGGAGAAAUUCCGUGCAACUCCUCGUAAGGGAGUGAAAGCAGAAGAAGUACUCGACCAGUUUCUGACUGAGAAGAAAGCAGAAGCAGAAUCCAUUCUCCAGGCUGACAAAAAGCUAACUGAAAAUGAGAAGCAGAUAGCUGUUGAGAUUGAGAAAGCAACACUUGCAGAACAACUGAUGAAAGCCGAGGAAGAGAAAGCAGCUCUUAUUCAAAAACAGCUAGAAGAUGAGGAAAGAAGUCAUGAGGAACAUGUAAGACAACUGGAGCAAAAAAUGAUGGAAGAGGCUGCAGCCAUCCAAGCUGAGGCAGAGAGAGCCCUGCAGAGCAAACUGGAGGAACACAAGGAUCUCCUCAACAAGGGCUUUCAGGAGAAAGCUGACAUGAUGAAGGAAGAGAUCACAAAGCUGAAGGAGGAAUCUGGUUUUCAGAAGUUAAUCCAUAAUAUUGGCAGCGCCCUCGUGGAAGGGGCAAAAACUGCCAUCAGCAUUUUGGAGUGGAAAGAGAGGCGUAAAUUAACCAGGGAGAGGGAGAUGGCCAGAAACAGGAAAUAUGAGACUGGCUUCAAACAGAAACCACCAAAGCAAAGCAGCAACUCUGCAAAGAAGGAAACCAGAACCUCGGCUAACGGUCAGACUGAACAGACGAAUCAUUCAGCAGAUGGGAGCUCCGUGUAGUCCCAACACACUGUGAUAGAAGUGGGAUAUAAACAUUGGUACUUAUGCUUUGUGCCAGAGUAGUUUAGCAAAGAAUUUUAAAAAUUAAAUAGUAGCUUUAGUGUCUUUUUGGGUGCAGGAACUGUUAUAGAAUUAAUUCUUUAGCUAUUGCGAAAAAUGAUUGGAAAGUCUGUUCAGUGAGCAUCACUGAUGCUGAAGACUUAAAUUUUUCUCACAAAGGGCUAUUUUAUUUAUUUAAUUCAUACUAUGAGUACAUCACCAGGUCUAAGGCAGGAGCCAGCCCUGGAGGGGAUGCUAGUCCAUUGCAGGGCAAACUUACUCGCAUGCAUCCACCAGGCACAUUUGAUAUCACCAGUUGCCUAUCCUGCACAUCUAUGGGAUGUAGCCAAAAAGCCAAACAAAAUCCUAGCAACACCGUAGUAUGUGAAAACCCAAGGAGAAGGCUGGAGCUGUGAGGAAGCAGGGCUAACCACUGCUCCACCUGUCUUCUAUAAUCCCUGCCUUCAGGAACUCCAUAACCAAGACUGGUAGAUGCAAUUGUAGUUCAUUGUUGUGGAAACUAAUGGUCAAGACACAUCUGUUACACCUUUCCUAUGCUUGUGCUAUUAAUUUAUUAUUAAUAAUAAAGUGUCUAUAUAUUAAUCCA